AUGGCUCAGCAAGAGAGGCAGAAGUCUGCGCUGAUCACGGGGUGUACCCCUGGAGGCAUUGGUCACUUCCUUGCGUUGGAAUUCGCUGAGAAAGGCUUCCAGGUGCUGGGUACGGUUCGCGACCCCUCCAAGUACACGUCGCCGCACCAGAACAUCACGUUCCUCUCGCUGGAGCUCACGAGUAUCGAUUCGAUACGAGAGCUCCGCAAGCGCGUCACCGAGAUAACCAACGGCAAGCUCGACAUCCUCUACAACAAUGCGGGGCGCAACUACGUAGUCCCCGCGCUCGACUACGACACGGACGAGUUGCACGAGCUUUUCGAGGCGAACGUCUUCGCUGUGAUGCACAUGUGCAGGGAGUUCACCCCGCUCCUGAUCGAAGCAAAGGGCACCAUAGUCCAGACUGGCUCCGUGGCAGGCAUCCUACCGUACGUCUGGGGCGCGCCAUACAACGCCUCGAAAGCUGCUCUGCACUCGUACACAAACACGCUGCGCGUCGAGCUUGCACCGCUGGGCGUGCGCGUCGUCAACGUCAUCACGGGUGGAGUCAAGUCGAACAUUGCACGAACACACCGCGAGCUGCCACCAGGCUCGUACAUGCAGCCGCUUGCACCCGAGUACGAGCGAAGGCUGACACACAGCCAGCAGCUGGGCAUGGACACGAAGCAGUAUGCAAGCAGCUGUGUGAACCAGGUGCUGCGUGGAGAUGGCUGGUUUGGUAGACAGAGGGAAAUCUGGGAAGGCAAGAUGAGCUGGAUCGUGUGGUUUGGGUGGAAGUGGAUGCCAACGAAGAUCUUCGACUGGUACUUUACCUACGUCUUCAAGCUUGGCAAGCUCAGAGGGAGUGUGGGUCCCAACAAGAAGACCGUGUGA